AUGACAAGAUUAAAUAAAUUUAUAUUUAAUAUUUGUUCAGCUAUUUGUCUUGAUCAGUUAGUUAAUUUACCAUCAAAUGAAAAUAUUCAAAGUGCAUUUCGAAAUUUUCAAAAUAGUCAAAUUAUUUCAUUUGUUGAUUGUUUUUUAGAAUCAGACUUAUAUUAUUAUCAUAUUUAUUCAUAUCCAUAUACAUGGAACUUUUUUAAUAAUAUAACAAAUAAUUUUCCUGGCGGAUUAUUUAAAUAUGUUCGUGAAAUAUCAUUACUUGAUGAACGUCCAUUUCAACAUGAAUUUUUUCUUCGAAUUGCUCACUCAUUUCCAUUUAUCAAUAAAUUAACUUUAAAUAAUCGUGAACCACAAGAAAAUGAUAAUCAACAAUGUUUAAUCAUAAAAUAUCAUCAUCUUACUAUACUUGAUCUUGUUAAAGCUCAUGAGAAUUAUGUCGAAGAAUUUUUAGACAGUACUAAGACGUAUUUAUUAAACAAUGUUCAUCUUUAUGUACGUUAUGGUUCUUUACAAAAAGCAACAGACGAUUUUACAAGAGAUGUAACACAAGUUAAUUGUUCCAAAAUCAUUCGUCUUGUAGUGUUUGGCCAUAAUAUAGAACUUCCAAAAUUAAAAGACUAUUUUCCUCAUGCAAAUAUCUCCUGA